AUGCUAAACAAGCUGCUGAGCGGUCGAGACGAGCAGGCGCUAACAGAGUCCUCCACCUUUUCUGUUGCACACCAAACACCGACACCGCCUGCAGCCGAAGGAAACGUAAAGAAUGUGAAGGCGAUAGUCAAAAGUCCUACCAAAAUUGAUUUGUACUGGGAUGCAGGCCCGAGCCCAGAUAAUGAGCCCCAAGUGUUCGAAGUUACUGUGACUCCGAGUGAUCGGCCGACAAUAACUUCAACAGAAAAAUGGGUCGAUAUAGAAGAUCUUGAACCAUCAACAGAGUAUGAAUUCCACGUAUAUCGACGACAAAAAGAUAGUACCCGUAAGGAACCAGGUGUCAAAAUAACAGCAAAAACGUUGGACCCUGCGACACCGCCUGCAGCCGAAGUUAACGUACAGGAUGUGAAGGCGGUAACCAAAAGUCCUACCAAAAUUGAUUUGCUCUGGGAUGCAGGCCCGAGCCCAGAUAAUGAGCCUCAAGUGUUCGAAGUUACUGUGACCCCAGGUGAUCGGCCGGUAAUAACUUCACCAGAAAAAUGGGUUGAGGUAGAAGAUCUUGAACCAUCAACAGAGUAUGAAUUCCACGUAUAUCUACGCCAAGAAGAUGGUACCCGUAAGGAACCAGGUGUCAAAAUAACGGCAAGAACGUUGGACCCUGCCGAAGAAAACGUACAGAAUGUGAAUGCGGUAACCAAAAGUUCUACCCAAAUUGAUUUGACCUGGGAUGCAAGCCCGCGCUCAGAUAACGAGAGUCAAGAGUUCGAAUUUACUGUGACCCCAGGUGAUCGGGCGCCAAUAAUUACAGCAGAAAGACAUGCAUCUGUAGAAUCUCUUAACUCAUCAACAGAGUAUGAAUUCCACGUAUAUCUACGAGAUAAAAAUGGUGCCCGUAAGGAACCAGGUGUCAACGCAACGGUGGCAACGUUUGUCUCUGAGCGGACAGGGGUUCUUAUGCUGCGGAGAGGAGGCUGUCGUGAUUGUGAUCCAAUUGACUGCCAUCGCAAAAUUUGGUCCUGA